UUAUUUUGUGUAAUUUUUCGGCUGUGCCUCUUGUUUGGCGCGUUUUUACUCCUCCAUCUUUAUCUCGUGUUAUAAUUGUCUUGGUUAUCUGAUAAGAUAACUUAUCUACAACAAAGAAAUCUUAAGUGAAUUCGUUCACAUAAAAUAGCUGGCAACACUGCCCAACCAACGGCAUCUUAUUUUAAGGUUAAGUUGUUUACUUCAUAAAUUCAUAUAUCUGUGUUGUUUAAUAUUGCCUUCUGAUGGUAGAUAUUAAUCAAUUUUUAAUACAAAACAGUGGAUGUAAAGAUGGAAUUGCUUUUUGAUGGUAAAUGUAGGACUUGUUUGGGUGUAUUAAGUGAUUCGGGAACCAAUGUUACUCAAGUACAGUCAGAAAUAAUCUCCAAAAGUGUUACAAAACUGGUUAACUGUGUUUCUCUGCAAGAUGUAAUUUGCAAUGAUUGUUUUAAGUGUUUGAACGAGUUUUAUUACUUCAUAAAAAAGUUAAAGGAGGUUGAUGAAGAAAUAAAUAAGAUAACUCUGUCGAGUACAAAUAAUUUAAAAGACUUUUUGGAGGAUUUCAGUAAUGAUAUAACGGACCUGGACUAUUUAAAUAAUGAUGAUAAUGAUCAUUCCUACUUUACUUUGCCGGAGGUUGAAGCAAAUAACCCCUCGGAUAAAACUGUGGUGGAAAAUACACCUAAAGUAAACGAACUGGCCACCAAAAUUGAAAUUAAAGAAAUUUUAAAUGAAAUCACAAUCCCAAAUGAUCACUGCUACCCAAAAAUGGGGCUGCAUGUUAGCUGCAAAGAAGAAACCAAUAUUAAAAUAGAUGUAGAUAGGGCUGUUUCAUUACAACUUGAAGAAGAUAAGCUUCAAGCAUUAGUGAAGGACCUGCAAAACGAUGGAGUCUUGGUUAAUGAUAUUUCAUCGAAAAAACCAGGCAGAAAGCGAAUAAUCAUUCUUGGUGGAGGAAUGAAUGUUUCAUAUGGCCAGUGUUCAAUAUGCUCAAAAUUGUUUAGGGAUAAAGAGCUAUUAGCCAAACAUGAAGAAGCCUGCAAAGUAUUAGUGAUAACGUGUGUUUUAUGUAAGGAAACAUUCGCCAAACAGAGUUUAUACAACAAUCAUAUGAGAGAAAAACAUCGCCGGUGUGUAAAAUGUCGCGAAUAUUUCAAAGACGAUGUCGAUUACAAUUCGCACAGGGAUGUUUGCAGAAAAUUAUUCCAAUGCAAAAUAUGCAGCGAAAAGUUUGUAAAAUCGAAUCAGUUGGCGCGACAUCAAAGUGAAGUUCAUAAUAUAAAGGAAGUUCCCGGAUUGUGCGAUAUAUGCGGGAAAACAUUCGAAAAGAAGUCUUCUUUAAUGUCUCAUAAACAGAUACAUACAAACCAGAAAAAAUGUUCGAAAUGCGGCAAAAUACUACUCAACAUGGCUGCACUGAGAACUCAUAUGACCUACGUGCACAACAGUGGUAAUCUACCGUGCGAAUUCUGCGGUAAGAUGAUUUCCAAAGGCGGUCUCAAAGCCCACUUGAAAAUCCACGCGAAAAAUGAAGCCACGCUAUCUUGCACGAAGUGCGACAAAAAGUUCUUCUGGAACUUCCAACUUAAAAGACACCUGGAGAGUCACUUGGUUAAUAGGGUACCAAGGCAUGUAUGUAAACAUUGCGGGGCAGCUUUUAUCUCGAAUUUCGGUCUUUUUAACCACGUUGCGAAAACUCACCGUCCAACAUUGCACACCUGUGAGUUUUGUGACAAGACUUUUCAUCGAAACGAUUAUUAUAGGAAUCAUAUGAAUUCACAUUAUGGGAUAAAGAAUAAGUCCAAGAAGAAGUAUACAGAAGUAUAUAGAUUAAAAAAAAUCACAUGCGAGAUAUGCAAAAAAGAAGUCCGUUAUGAGAGGAGGAAGCUACAUAUGGAUUCCCAUAAUUCAGUAAAAAAGUUCAAAUGCCAAUAUUGUGAAAUCUCAUUCACUACAAAAAAUAAUUUAGAAAGACACGAGCAAAAGGUGCACGGUGGAAAAUUAAAGUACAGGUGCAAUAUUUGCUGGUCAAAAUUUUUGACUGAAAAUGAUCGAAAUGUUCACAAAUGCUCUGGCAAAGGAAAAAAAUGCGUAUGUGAAACAUGUGGAAAAAGUUUCGCUAGAAAACAUUUAUUAACCAAACACUGCCAACAAGAACAUACACCAGAAGAAGAAAAUGAGGAAGAAAUGGCAUAAAAAAUGUAUUUUAUAUAAAUAAAACUCACUACAUAUAAACAAAUCAUUUAAGAACAAUGUACACUUUCAUAUUUAUCUACAUCUAAAGCUGAUUUCUCUAAAUUGGGCAAAUGGUCGAGAAAAGGCAAUAUUAUACCAAUAUACCCUUGCACACCAUCCGAAAGUAAGUUAAAGUCCUUAAAAAUAUUUUCGUUUACUUCAAUAAGUUUCCCUUGCACACCAGCAUACACAGGAUACUCAUCUCCGUCCUCCGAUUCAAUAACGCACAAUUUCGUAUUCUCUCUCACAAGAGCAGCCCCCUUUUUCUUCUUCCCAGUCAACUUCUUUUUUGUGAGAUCGUGACUUGCUUUAAAAUUAACACUUUUUAUAUUCUUAUGUUUCGUUAUAAUAUCGUGUUUUUUCGAUAGAUAAAUCAAAAUUAAUUUGUUGGUGUGUAUCCUCAGCAUCGUAUCCAGUAUUUUCCCAUUUUCCUCUUUAACUAGGUAUUUUUCGUCGUAAUACCUUUUAUGUACGGGUUUAAACGUUUCCAAUUCUUCCGGGGUAAUCGUUUCCAACGGCGAAACAACAUAAUGUUGGAAACUAUCAGCGUGUAUUUCCAUUUUGUUGUUUAUACACAAAGCAAAACACAUUCAAAAUUGUUAGGUUAGGUGAUGAAAAUUG